UUCAGGUUUUAUGCCCACCCCUAAUUGAUAUACCAAUUCAAAGUUUGGCGUAUCAGUGAGCGGAAGCGUAUGACAGAAGUAGAGAGGCAAAGGAGCAGAUCAAACGCAAUAUUGAACACGUGUGUUCUCUCUAUUUUCCUGUUGUAGUCUUCAUCAGCUUAAUAUGUUGGGUAUAUUUUCAAGACUCUCCGUCAUCAAGGGUGGGCAUAGAAGAGCUCAAAGUGCACUUGAUAAUAGAGAUGAAUUGGGCUCUAAGUUGGAGGGGGGAACAGUUGUUGGCACUGCCUCUACUGCUGUUUUGGCGGGCGAUGGAUGCACCCAUCAUGGCAUUAUUGAGGUUGAAAUCGGAUUCAAGCCAGCCGAACAUCCGAGUGAGCCGUUUGCUGACAACAACAAUGAUAAUCCUAUUUAUUGCCCAUUGCCUGAACCUCCUGCUGCUUCUAUACUAAAUAGACCUGGCCUUUCUCAAAACUGGGAGCAAAAAUGGGUGUGGGUGACUCCAGACAGCGGUGAGUUGCCGUUCGUCAACAGGUGGGGAGAGUUGAUUCGCCGAUGGGACAUGCCGAUCCUUAAUGAGGGGACUGAAUUUGCCGUCGACCUUAUUGGGAGGGAUUCUCCCUAUUUGCUUGGCUACCAAAUAGGCGCCGAUGGGAAGGUUGCAAUCUCCCUUUCUUCAGGAGGCGCACUGACGGUCCCCGAAGAUUCUGAUAGAGAGCAACAAAGGAACAACACUGUGACCCCUGCCAAGCCGGCUGUUGACCUUCCGCUACUCCUGACGAGGGGCGCUGGGGUGAGGCCGGCAUCCCAGGCUGUUUCUUUGCCCACGGGAGAGAAGAGCUCCGAUGAUGCUAUUUAGAAGGUGACCGCUGUCAGGUGGCAUUCAGAGGGACGCCCUGGCACAUGUUUUAUAAAUUCCACUUUAGUUUUCCUGAUAAACAUCCUUUCCAGGCCUGCGUGCCUGUUGUGUUUUCCACCCUUGGGGUGGCUUGUAACCAAACAUCUUACUUCUCUGCACUUUAGUUUUCUUCGUACAUAUGAUGUUUGCCUUUGAGGCUAGUCGCUUGUUCUUGCCUGACCCUUUCUGGGUACAAUCGAAGUUGCCCAACCCGAGUUUUGGGGCUGUCUUUUGUCUCUA